CUUUAUGUCAUCAAAGAGGUGCUAAUGAAGACAGUAAAUCACUUGAAAUCAUCCAAUAUAACAACAGUUUCUUCUUCUCUAAAAGACAGGUUCAAAUAAUGGAAUUUACUAUUGCCAAUGUAUCUUUAGACUUUUCAAAUCAACCACAUAGAAAGAACAGACAAGUAUCUAAUGAAAGAAGAGGAAAACUUCAAAGAUUGCCAGCUGAAUACAAGGAAUUAUACAAUAAUUUACCAACAUCAGUGAACGCGGAAUGUGAUAAAAGGGAAUAUGCUAAUUGUCAGCUUUGUUUUUCUAAUACUAAUAACCAAUCUAUUGAGAACAAUUCAACCAAAGACAGCGCUUAUGGCAAAGAAAUCAUUGACACAGAUUACAUAAAUGUUGGAAUGGAUACAAAGACAGUUGACGAUUGUCUUAAAGACAAACAAACCAGCAUCAAAACUUCACAAGAUAGUCAGGCUACUGGUUCCACAGUUGCAAACAAAUGUAUUUGGAACAAAGAGGAGAAACACACUGGCACGUUGGUGGACACAGUUAUUAACCAUAUCUAUGAAAAUGAGAGAAAUCAAGAUAGUGUGUAUGAAAAUGAUACAAAUGGAAUUAUGCCCAAAUCGAGUGUGAAAAUGAUUAGCGAUGAAACUGAAACAAAAAUUGACACUCCUGUUUACUACAACACUCCUGACAACUAUGACUAUGACACUCCUGUCAACUAUGACUAUGACUAUGUAGAUACAUGUAAGAAGACUAACAUUAACACUGAAAAGGCUAAAUGUGAUGGAAAUAGGAAAGUUCAAAAAGCUAAACUCAUGGCAACUGAUGAAGAUGGUUAUCUUAUACCAACUAAGAAGACAGCUGCUAUCUGCCUCAAAAAGAGACUAGUAUCCACAAGUUCAGGAGAGUACGAGAACACAAAACAAGACAUCAAAUACCUUGAAGACACCCACAAGAAAAUCAAGACAUACAAUUGUAGCCAGUGUUCAAAGAUUGGAAAACUGGCAAGAAGUGUCAAGUACUGCACUGAGUGUUGUUCCCAUCUUUGCAAAUCAUGUACACAAGACCAUAAAAAGUCUGAUGAAACAUUGAAUCACUUUCCUAUCAAAGUGGAGUUGUUUGCACUGACACAGAAAACAAACACAUUGCCAAAUUUAAGAAAAAAGAAAAUACAAAUGAGACAAAUGUCAAAAGAUGACUCUGACAUCAAAGACCCUGAGAAACAUUUACCUGAUCUGGAACAUUUUUCAGGAUACAUUGACUUUGAUAAAUAUGGUAAAGCUACUUUCCAACCUAAAUUGAAGACAGAAGAAUUUCAGACUGACAACUAUGAAGAAAUUGUGGAAAAACCAGCAACAAGUGAUGAAAUUGAAAGCAAGUUCAGAAUCACCAUCUUGCCGUCAACAUUUGCUACAAAGUGCGGGAUUACACGAGACUCAACCCUUACAUUGAACAAUCUUGGAUUACACUUUAUAAGUCCUUCGGCACGGCUCACAACCGUUACAGUGAUACCUCAUUCCCUUGUCACCUCCUUCAAACAACCGGACAAGGACACACUCGAAAUUCAUGUCAGUAAAAUGUUUUUGCAUGGGGAAGGCAGCAUUCUACUCAGUUCCAAUGGGGCUGAACGUAUUAGAAAACAGAUGGAGAACAUAUUAGUACACAUGGCAGUACCAGGAAAUAAGCUGCAUUUCUGAUUUCAAUUACCCGGUAUAUGCUUAUUCUCUCAUUUAUUUUCCAAUCAUGAGAAGCAACUAUGUUACUAAUUCAAAAAUUAGAUACAUGAGUGGAAAAUCAUCAGUAUGAUGAAUAAGUGGGAAACUGUUAACCUGAUUUAUGAGUGGAACACUGUUAAUUUGAUCCACGAGUGAAACCAUUAAUCUGGUACUUGCAUGGAAAACUAUAAAUCUGAUUUAUGAGUGGAGUUUGAGAACUGUCUACAUUUGUAUCUGUUCCAUGAGUGAAACCAAUAAUCUGAUCCAUGAGUGAACCAUUAAUGUAAUGCAUGAGUGGAAACUGCCUAUCAGAUCCAUGAAGGAUAAAACAUUAAUCAGAUCCAUGACAAAUAAAACAUUAAUCUCAUCCAUGAGAAGAAAUCUGUUAUUCUGAUGUUUAAGUGGACAACUUUUGAUCUGAUCCAGGAAUGGAACACUGUUGAUUCAAUCCAUAACUGAAAAACAUUGAAUCUAGUCCAUGACUGGGAAACUGUUAAUCUGAUUAAAUUGUUCAAACUGAUAUGGCUUUUGCAUAUAUAACCUCUGAUUCUUGUGCAAAUUUUAUUCUUGAUCAUUCAUGUGAACCUAAAAAUUUAUUUGUACAAAGAUUCUUUGAUUCCGAGAACUUGAGCACAGAAACGUUGAUUCAAACAUCAUAAACGUGAACUCUACCGUCGGUAGGUAAAAUAUUCCGCUUUUGAGACCCUUCGUACGCCUAAAGCUCUUUUAAAAAACCUCAAAAUUCUAUCCAAUUGGCCUUAAAUUUUCUUUCAAAAACCUCAAAAUUCUAUCAACCAUGCUAAAAUACCAUAUUAAUCUGUAACUUAAAAGAACAUGGUGCAAUAAACAACUUGUCAAAUCACUUCACACUUCGGCCGAGAUUGUUGCUUAGUUACCAGUAUGGUACAAAAGACCACUAAUCAGCAUUCUUUGUUAAUUGCCAUCCUACUAAGCAGCAUUUUUUAAAUAUCAAAGACAUUUAAAAACUGUCAAAACAUCAAAGAAAACAACAUUUCCAAGGUGUUAAUUAUUAUCUACAGUGUAUAAAAUAUUAUGACAUUUAGGCGGGAAAAUUGACAUACACAAUUCUGCAGUUGUCUGCGCUUACACUCCUACCUGUUUUGGCAGUCUGAUUUGAUUUUUUAACAGCUCUUCUGAAUAUAAACAUGUUUUUACAAGUCAGAGUUAAUAUUACUUCUGUUUCAUUAGCAAAAACACUGACAUUUGACAAGUCUCUUAACCCUGAUGUAUUUAAUGAGUAUUUUCCGAAAAUCUAAAAAUGGUAACAAAUAUCAAGUUUUUUGUUUACAUUGUAUCCAUCAUUGUUUUUGACUGAAAAAUAAAGAAAUUAGAAAUUCAACCGCUUUUGAA